AUGACUGGCCUUCCUCAAGUCUGGGUGCUGGCUUUCCUGUCACUGCGAGGGAUUUUUGCCCAGGUCCUCAUGGAACAUCUCUGCUUGGAGGAAGGCCAGAAUCUGGAUCUCCACUGCGUCAACAGUAAAGGCAACACCUCCGCUCUAGAAUGGAAGGAUCCCAGCGGCUUUACGAUAUUUUUCAACCAUUGGCACGGCACAGAAAAGGGGAGGUACCAACUUCUGCAUUACUCCAACGAUUCGCUGUCCAUUCGUCUUUCCAAUGUAACAAGACAUGACGAGGGACUGUUCACUUGUCUCUACUACAGCGAGAAUAUUGGAACCAAACUUGUGAACGUUACAGUUUGGGCUCCACCUUCUAGACCUUUGUUGGAGGAUUUGAGGGCCACAGUAAACCAAACAGAAGAAAAUAUUGUCUUAAGGUGUUCCACUGAGGGAAGCUGGCCUGCUCCUCAAAUCACCUGGCUGCUACAGAACGGAAUGGAAAUCUUUGGAAACACUCAACACCAAUUGGAAGAAAAGAGGUUCCAUUCCAUAAGCAAGUUGUCCAUCUACGCAUUCCCCCGGGGCUCUGUCGUUUCUUGUGUGAUAUACCACAAAGCCUUAGGAAAGAGAAAUUUAACUGUGACUUUGCACCUGGACCAUGCCAAACAAAAACAGAAGACAGAAGAAAUCUUUAACAUUCCAGCAUUGUCUCCAACCAAGGAGGCAGAAACUCAAACUUCUCAUACUACCAACGAAUCCAAUCCAAUAUUCAAUGUAACAGAAGGAAACCCAACCACGCAAAAACUGUUCCCAAGUACAGAUAUAGACGUUUGGGCAAACAAUAAAACAAAUAUGAUUUACAGAGGCUUUGUGGAGGAACAAGCCAACAUUUUGUUCCCAGGCCUUGUAUCUAUUCUCCUUCUUGCUCUCUUCAUCAUGGUCCUUCUCUUUGUGGUGAAACUGUGGAAAGCACACAGGGACUGGAAAAAAGAAAAUAAUAAUGCUUCUGAACAACCUGUUGAGAGUUACAGGCCUAAAGCAAAUAAGGCCCCUGCCAGACUCAAGAAGAACACAUCCGUGAUCCCCUGGAGGAACAGCGAGAAGUAUGUAAUUCAAGAAUCAUAUACCAGGAUGUCAAAACCUUCAGAAGGAAGUCAGGAUUCUUCAGUCUUCGAAAAAGAGUUGUCCCACUUUAAAGAAACGGAUAUGUGACACUAAGGACAAUAUUGUGCUGCGUUUAACAGCAGGAACCGUCUUCUCUUCCAAUUUUAAUUCCCGCGCUGCACUGUUCUGCAAAACUAUCUCUUUAAAAAUCCAGAUCGGAGAGGAUUUCGAAUGAGAGCCUCCUAGACUAAGAUGCAUCUCAGAACAGUAUUGCAAAUAAAGUAAUAAUGAUACCAUAAAAGCCCUUGGGAACUUAUGCCAGUUAUUAUUUAGGAGUUGAAAUUCCUCGUGUGGACUUAACAAUUUCGGGAUAUACAAAGGUUAUACAAAACCUUUGCCAGACCAAUUCUCGAAUACAGCUCGUCCGCCUGGA